CCCCACUCUCUAAUUUUCCCACUUUGGACAUGGGACAUCGAUUCCCAGACGGAGAGUUGAUUUCUCCGACUGUCUUUGAAGGCGUCGUCACAUAGGCGCGCUGACGUCGUCGUCACGUGACCACGCAGAGCGAAACAAACAUGGCGCCGCGAAAGUGAGGCAAAAACUCCGCCGUGAGUGAUUUUCGGCUCAAUUAACUUCAGUUAACAGCGCGUGUUCCUUCCUGGUGUAAUGGUGUGGAUUUAGGUAGGGCACAAUUCCCGUGUCUAGUACUUGCCGAGUGUGUAUCACUAAAUUAGCUUUGUUACCAAAGGUGCGCAAGUCCCUUUGUGUGUUGCACUUUGAUGGCAAGAAGAGCAGGACAUCAAGGUAAACUCCAUUUUGAUUAACAGUUUAACCGAGCAAUAUGCCUCAGAGGAAGCAAACUAGCACAAGCAGGUGCAUUGACCCUGAAAGCCAGUUGUUGAAUGAAGACACACAGGAAGAUGAAGCCUUUGAUAAUGGAGAGGAAAAGGAUGAAAACUCAACUUUGCUUCUGCCUUCGCUUUCCGCCAGGGACAAACGGCGAAAAGAAAGGAAAAACAAAGUCAAACCUAAAGAGAUGACAGAGGAAGAGAUGAUGGCCUUGGCUUUGCGUCUAAGCGCUCAAGAAGCCAACGUCAGCGCUCGCAGAGUGCAGCAGGAAGAAGAAGCCAUGAUGAACGCUAUCAAAGAAAGUAGUCAGAGCAUGCUGAUGGAAGAAGACUCCUCGAUGACGUGGUGCUCUCCAGCACAGUCCAACAAUAACGUGACAGCGUCAGGAGAUUUCUGCACCUCGGGUGCCAACCUGAGCCAAGUUGUAGAAAUGAAAGGAAAAGGACAAAGUCACGACAAUAAAAAGAAGAAAAGGGGAGAAAACCCUCCGCCAGAGUUGACGCAAACUCACCAAAUCUGCUCUCGGGCAUCACCCAGCAGCUCGGAGUCAUUGCCUGGACUUUUGGACUCACCUCAGAGCUGUGAUUCCACGCAGAUCGACGACUACCAGCACUGUAAAUCCCCCGUCUUUCCCAUGAGCAAAGCCAAGGUCACCCUCUCCCCAAUAAACCACUACCUUUUGGAGACUUGCAAGUCCCCCGGGUUUGUGUUGUGCUCCCAACUCGAGGCUGAGCUGAGUGUACCUGAAAACUUGUCUUCGGUGUGUCACAAAAGUCCCCUCUUCUCUGGGUCAGAUCAGGGCGACGAUACUGAAAUGCACUGCGGCGACUAUCUAAAAAGUCCGGUGUUUGGAAGAGACACUCAGCAUGGCGGGUCUCCGGCAGGUACUUGUGACUCACAAGUUCUCUAUCCAGAGAGAAAAAAAUCAGACGUAAACUUCUCCUCUGAAGAGAGUUUGAGCCCAUCUGUGAGGCUCACAUCCUGUCCGCCUAAAAGCCCGGUAUUCCCGAGGAGCCCUGCUCCCGCCAAGCACCUUGCUUCCUCCAAAGACUCUCGGACAUACUCAGAAAGUUGUGUCUUACUGGAAACAGAUGGGGAGCAAGUCCUCUCAACAAACCGAGGAGCUGCGCUGGUGCCGAACGACGUUUCCAAAGGAACUUCGGAAGCGGCGCUAACCAGUGAUAUGACGCUACGCUGGUCCGAAGAAGAUGAGGAACAGAGAGAGACGCUGGUGAGCUCACCAAGUCCAAUUUUUCCAGAGGAGAUGCGUUUUCCUCCUGGAGACCAAGCGGCCGGUCUGAACCACCUGGCUGAAGCUGAAGUCACCCCAGAGACAAAUACCCAAAGCUGCAGUCAGACGUCUGUCUCCACCCAGCCAACGGUUCACUACUAUUGGGGCAUUCCCUUUUGUCCACGAGGUCUGGAUGCAGACGCCUACACACAGGUGAUUCUGGCGCAGAUGGAGGUGUAUGAGAAGAGCUUGAAGGAGGCUCAGAGGAGUCUGCUGAGGAAGGCUGAGUGGGGGGAUGGCAUCGUGCCGCAGCCAGAGACAUGCCCUUUACCUGAAUCAUCUGAACGUCACAAAGUUCUUCGAAGGCGUGGUCUCAGACUGAGGGACAAAAAGCUGAGUCAGGACGUUGACAGCGUUCCAGUUGAGCCUGAAGAGGAGGAGGGAACGCAGCUUGAGGAAAAAGAGAGAGAGGAUGAUGAGACUGACUGUGGAGAGGAAGAUCAGCUGGGUACUGACAACUGCGUGGUUUGUCCUGAAACCCAACUGAGCGAUGAAGAUCUUACAGAUCUUUCUAAGCCAAACAGUCCUGAAUGUGGUGAAAUUACCAAGAUAUGUGCUGAUCUGGCUGCUGAAAAGGAGGAGAUGGAAGUUUUAACAAACGGAGACGAGCAGGCAAAUCACUUUGUCGGCAGACUUGUUGAAAGAAACCCCGCCUCGGCUGAUGAGGGGGAGGAGCAGAAUUUGGGAAGAAGCUGUCAAAGGUCACAUUCGCCUGAGUUGGAUCCAGUUGGCCUCUCUCAGGAAAGCCCUGAGGUCAACAUGGAGUGUCCGAUUUGUCAAGGAACAUUCCCCAUCGGCAAGAUCGAGAUGCAUGCGGCGUACUGUGAUGGCGAGGAAGGGGCGGCCACCGUGGACGAGAACAUGCUUGAUCCUGAAUAUUUGCAAGUGUCUUUGACGCCUCGAAAGAAGAGGAAAAGGCGGGUAACCAAGGAGGAGGGCAAUGCCUGCAGCACUGUCAAAAUCCAGGAGAAAUGUUACGUCUGUCAAAAAAACGUACCCGUGCGAGAGUUUGCCAUGCACACAGAGCUGUGCAUCCAACAGCCGGCCCCAAAGAUCCCUGUGAAAGGACAUCUAUUGUCGGCUCUGGAGCAAAUAGACAACCGUGAUUCAGGAGCCAGCCAGUCCAGAUCCAAACUUCAGCAAGUUGAUGUCAUUGAUUUGAGGAAUGAUGAAGAGCCGGGAGGGGUUUCCAUGUUGGCAAUCAGCAACUCGCCCAUUAAGUCCUUCACUCCCAUCUCAGAAGCCACCGACUGUCUGAUUGACUUCAAGCGGCAGCAGCGACUGAAGAAGCCGAGCCAAAAACGAAGGUGAAGAUCGGCUUUUAAUAACGACGGCGAGAACUGGCAAAACAUCUCGAUGCCUUCUGACUAACCUCAGUCUUUUUAACAAAUGUUUAUGCAAGAACUUGAAGACUCUUCCAAAAAAAGAGGAACCAUCAUUCAAUGUCUCAGUCUGCAUAUUUAUAAACGUUGUGCGCUUUACUGUAGGCGACCUCUUCACAAAUUAAAACAUUCCCUGCUUUUUUUUAUAUAAUGUGCAUCCAAUGCACCUUACUGUUAAAAUGCUGGGCGUUGAUUUAAAUAUAACACACAAUUAAGUGCA